UCUUCAUUCUGUUCACACUACAGAGACGUUAGGGGCAGUUCGGACAUUUCUUCUCAGGCUCUGUUGGCGCACUCUAAAUUUACUCAAAAAAAAUUGCCGAUUGGAGGCCGUUCGGCUGAAAUCGCAUUCUCCGAUGGGGCGUGGCAAAAAAACUAAAAGUCUUCCAUUGAAGGAAAAAUCUAAAGUCUCGUGCACAGUGAACUCGAGCACAACCGCUCGAAAUUUGACCAAGAAAGAGCUCGGGGCAGUAAUUUUUGGAUGCAAAAACCACACAUUCACUGAAUGCGUAAAGAAGAUGUUGUUUGGAUUGCCAGCUGGACAUUCUUCGUAUGUAAAGAACAUCAGCCCUGGCCUUACUCUGUUUCUUUUUAACUAUAGUGAUCGGAAACUUCAUGGUAUCUUCGAGGCAACAUCUUGUGGGAAGAUGAAUAUUGAUCCUCGUGCAUGGAUUACUAAUGAGGGUUCUGAGUAUACACCAUAUGCUGCACAGGUACAAGUAGCCGUUAGGAGGCAAUGCCAGCCUUUGCAUGAAGAAGAGUUCAAACCCAUAAUAGCGAAAAAUUACUACUCAGAGGGGCAUUUCUGGUUUGAGCUUGACCGAGAACAAACUAGAAGAUUGACCGAAUUGUUCUCAUCAUCAAAGUUACCGGAAAAGCAGCUGCCUCGUUUAAAAGAACAGUUCAAGAACAUUGACUCGAAAGAAUAUUCUGGAAGGGCUGAGACGAGUUUAAAAGAGAACGAGCAUUCAUAUCCAAUUAUCUCUAAUAGAGGUGAUUUUGCUCCAGAUAAGAAGUGGGCCGACCUGUUCAAGGCUUCGUCAUCUUCAUCUUCAGUGGAGCACGGUGAUAUUUUGGCAUCUGAAGAAGGAAUAUUAAAUGCAUCAGUUUCGUAUCACUGUGAUAUGGAUUCAAAGGUUACCUCAUCUUCUCAAGAAUUGAUCGAACCACUUCCAGGUACUGUCGCGGAAUAUUGGGAAGAGCAUGCUACUGAAGAAAUGUAUGAAAAUAAGUCGAUAAAUUUGCUAGAUUCUGAACAAGAAUAUGACUCGACAGAUGUUCCAUCUUCAGACAACUCAAGUUUUCUAGACAGAGAGGGUGGUGAGUUGAAGUCCUUGGAAUUCAAGUCUACAGUAGCUACAGUGCCUGGACAAGUUUUACUUGGUACGAAACAAAAAACAAGUUCUGGAAAUUUUCUGCCACAAGCAGAAACUUGUGAGAGAGACCAUAAUCAGCCUAACUUGAUGGGCAGGCCCUUUCUAGGGUCUUCUGUUUUUGAUUCUGUGAUCACUAAGCUAACACAAGAACUUGAAGAGCUGAGGUACUCCCAGUUGAAACAAAUGCAACAAAUCGAUUAUCUGCAGCAACAGUUGAUCCAUUCCGAACUUGAAAUCGACGAACUGAAAAGGCGGUUGCAUAAAUUGGAAUAUGGGCGACGAUCCUCUGCCAACGGUCGUCACCCUAUGCUUUUGAAGAUGAAGAAGACUGGGAAAAAAACUGGCAAUCUUCCAUUGAAGGAAAAAUCAGAAGCCGCAUGGACAGUUAACUCGAUCCCAACUAAUCGAAAUUUAACCAAAAAAGACCUUGGGGCUGUCAUUUUCGGAUGCAAGAAUCAUACAAUCAACGAGUGCUUAAAGAAGAUGAUGUUCGGAUUGCCGGCCGCACAUUUUCCGUACGUGAAGAACGUUAGCCCCGGCCUUACUCUGUUUCUUUUUAACUUUAGUGAUCGGACGCUUCAUGGUAUCUUCGAGGCAACAUCCUGUGGGAAGAUGAACAUUAAUCCUCAUGCAUGGAUUACUAGUGAGGGUUCUGAGUAUACACCAUAUGCCGCACAGGUACAAGUUGGUAUUAGGAAGAAAUGCCGGCCUUUGUUUGAAGAAGAGUUCAAACCACUAAUAGCAAAGAAUUACUACUCAGAUAGGCUUUUUUGGUUUGAACUUGACAUAGAACAAACUAGAAAAUUGACCAAAUUAUUCUCAUCACCAGAGUUGCCGAAAAAGAUGCCGCCUCGUCCGCCGAAUGCAGCUAGGUCGAGCAACGCAUUCAAUGUUCUGUCGGGCUCUAAUGUAGAUGAAGCUGCAGACAAGGAGACUGAAAAUAAUGACUCGAAAGAGUAUUCUGGAAUGGAGGAGAUGAAUUUAAAGGAAAAUCAGCAUUCAUAUGCAACAAUUGUCUCUAAUAGAGAUGCUUUUGCUCCGGAGAAGAAGUGGACUGAGUUGUUCAAGGCUUCCUCAUCUUCAUCUUUAGAGAAGAAAAGUGAUGUUUUGGUAUCUUCAUCUUUAAUGAGCAAACCGCCUCCCGAACCUUGUCCAGAUACCGUCGUGGAAUGCUGGGAAGAGCAUGCUAUUUUCGACAAUGAUGCUAAAGAAAUGUACGAAAAUAUGGUGACACAGUUGCUAUAUCCUGAACAAGAAUCUGAGUUGACAGAAAGUUGUGAGAGAGACCCUAAUCAGCCAAACUCGAUGGAUACACCCUAUCCGGAGAACAUCAAUUCUGCAUAUGGAGAGGUGGUUACGGAUACAGAGUCUUCUGUUUCCGAGUCUGUGAUCAUUAAGUUAACACAAGAACUUGAAGAGUUGAAGGUCUCCCAGUUGAAACAGACACUAAAAAUUGAUUCUCUGCAGCAUCAGUUGGUUUACUCCAAACUGGAAAUCGACCAAUUGAAAAGGCGGUGCCAUAAAUUGGAAUUUGUGCCAUCCUCUGCCAUUGAUUACUAUGCUUUAGAGUUCUGUCAACCCCCUAAUAUCACAGCUCAGGAAUCUGUAUUAAUUGUUGGAGGGUUUGAUGGAGACUCGUGGCUUCCAGAUUUGAGUUUGUAUUCUCCACCCGAGGACCAUGAAAUAUCACUCUGUCCAAUGACUUGUUCAAGAUCAUAUGCCUCUGUAGCUAAGUUGAAUGGCGAUCUUUACAUUUUUGGCGGCGUCGAUGAUGGUAUAUGGUAUGACACAGUUGAAUCGUACAAUCCCAUGUGUAAUAAGUGGGUCCAGCGGCCCUCUUUAAAUAAGAAAAAGGGAAGUCUGGCUGGAGCAUCCUUGUACGAGAAAAUUUAUGCAAUAGGUGGGGGGAAUGGAGUUGAAUGUUUCUCGGAGGUGGAACUACUUGAUCUAAACAUUGGAAGUUGGAUUCCCGCACAAUCCAUGCUUGAAAAGCGUUUUUCUCAUGCAACAGCAGAUAUUAACGGUGCACUCUAUGUUGCUGGCGGCUAUAAUGGAAGAGAUUACUUGAGAUCUGUCGAAAGAUUCGAUCCUAGAGAACAUGCAUGGACAAGGCUCGGUAGUAUGAACGUAAAGAGGGGAUGCCAUUCCUUGGUUGCCUUUAAAGAAAGAUUAUAUGCAUUAGGUGGUUAUAAUGGAGAUACGAUGGUGUCUACUGUUGAUGUUCUUGAUCCACGUUUCGGUUCGUGGUUAUUGGCUGAACCCAUGAAAGUUUCCAGGGGUUAUUUUGGCUCGUUCGUCUUUGGUGGAAAAAUACACGUAAUCGGUGGAUUGGAGGGUACAGAAGUUUUGGAUGUGACUGAAUGCUACGAUGAAGGUUCCGGAUGGCAGGUGGGAGGAAGGACAGCCAUUGGUAAAAGAUCCUACUUUUCUACUCUUGUUUUGUGAAAAGAAAUUGAUAAUUAAUUUCUGUAAAUGCUACUUAUUUCUCGAGUAUUUCCACGCCUCUUGAAACGAACUAGCAACUUUGGGAUGGCUUGAUUUGGCAGAUGGUCUCUAGGUUUAAUCGAUCUGUGAAUUUUUUUUUUGAAAAUUUACCGAAAAUGGCGAUCUGUAAUGGUUAAAUUCUUCAAGAAAUUCAGAAAUGUUUUUCCUUUUCUU